UAGCCUUCCGCCUUCCCACUCGCUCCGGGCGCACGUGCUUAAAGAGUCCCUGCCCCUCCCGCCUCCGCGCUCGGGGCGGCAAGUUUCCUCCGAGAGGAGGGCGCGCACCGCAUCUCCUCGCCACCGUCUCCCGGCCCCCAUCGCCGCAGUCUCCGCCCGCGGGGAGGGCGCGCUCCGGAGCCGGCGAGGGUGGGGCGCCUCGAGGGAGGGGUCCCAGCGCCGCAGUCUUGGCUGCGCGGGCGACAGCAGCAGCAGGUGGAGCCCGGCUCAGUAACGAGCAGCACUUGGCCGGAAAGCCACGCCGCAGCCGCCCGGCCGGGAGCUGGCCCGCUAGGCUGAAGCCCACGCCGCCCCGGUCCGACCCAGUUUCCCAGGCACCGGAUUACGGAAGCCGGCGGCCGGGGGACGCGGUUGGGGCCGGGGACGGAUGCAUCUCCGAGCGCACAGCUGCAUUGGAAGACCCCAGUCCAGGGCGCAGGGUUAACGGGACCUGGCUCGCCUCGGCCGCCACCUAAAGACUUGUGCUCCCGGGCAGAGCGGCUGUGGGAUUGGGGACCUCGGAGCCGGGGCACCUGGAGUCUGAGUGGCGCGCUCGCCUCACCUCUUCGGCUCGGAGCGGACAGAGAAGGCUCUUUCCAGGGGACGGACCUCCUCGUCCAGUCCUCUGUGGAGUCCUCGCACCCCAUGCCUGUUGGUCUCUCUAGUUGACACAGGUCUGCAGGUGUUCUCUCCUGGUUAGAUUUCUUCCUCGGCUAGGGGAACUGUGGCCACCAGGGACAUUCUGUGCCUGUGGGCGCUCCACGUCCUGGGUCUCCUGUCCUGUCCAAAUCUUGCCAGCUUCAAUGACCCUCAACUCUGUCUCUGCUUGUUGUGCGUGCUCCUAGCGGUUGGGUUUUCCGGGAUCCUGCGGACGAGCGGUCCUUCUGGCCCCCGUUUGGGAGGGCACUGGUCUCCAGGGAGCGGCUUUGUGUGUGGUGGGAUCGGGGUCCUCAACCAUGGCCUUCACUUUCGCUGCUUUUUGCUACAUGCUGUCCCUGGUGCUCUGCGCUGCGCUCAUCUUCUUCGCUAUCUGGCACAUAAUCGCCUUUGAUGAGUUAAGGACGGACUUUAAGAGUCCCAUAGACCAGUGCAACCCUGUCCACGCGAGGGAGCGGCUGAGGAACAUCGAACGCAUCUGCUUCCUUCUGAGAAAGCUGGUGUUGCCGGAGUACUCCAUUCACAGCCUCUUCUGCAUCAUGUUCCUGUGUGCUCAGGAGUGGCUCACCCUGGGGCUGAACGUUCCGCUGCUUUUCUAUCACUUCUGGAGGUAUUUUCACUGUCCAGCAGACAGCUCAGAACUGGCCUACGACCCGCCAGUUGUCAUGAACGCGGACACCUUGAGCUACUGUCAGAAGGAGGCCUGGUGUAAAUUAGCCUUCUACCUCCUCUCCUUCUUCUACUACCUGUACUGCAUGAUCUACACCUUAGUGAGCUCCUAACUCCUGCUGAUGAAGAGGCCGCCGCUGGGAACCACGGCAGCUGUGGCUGGGGAAGGACCAGAUGGGGAUGAUGGAGACACCCCGCUCGGCAGAGACUGAUUGGAAGGAGCUGGAGUCACACAGCAGACAGGGCCGUGUGACCCAUGUGUGUCUGUUGUUGCUGUGUGUGUUGCUGCCUUUGCUGUUCACAUCCCACAUGGAUUGCAGAGCCCCUCUGAGCAUCGGGGGUGCCAGCUUAUAGCUGAUGAAACACUCAACCUCUGGAGAUGCGGUUGUUGCUUUCUUCCUCCACUUCACUGAGCAUCAGUAACUUGCAAGUUCACAUGGAUAACUGCCUAGAUGGUGGGAAUGAGGCCAGAAGCUAGAAGGUACCAGCCAAGGGACAGAAUGACUCAGGGCCAAGGCCAGGUCUUCAGAGAUGAUUGAGACACUCAAGGAUACCACGGGGCUGCCCAGGACUCUUGUUCUAUUUUUUCCAGAGCUAUGACCUCAUGCUUUGCUCACUGCAAGGCCAGUGGGUCUGCCCUGAGCCUGCUGUCAUGUCAUUUUUAGGCCCUGGUUAUGUCCAUGAGCCUGAGCAGUGACUUCCUGAGCUGGGUGUGGGACAGUGCAUUGACAGCAAGCCAUGCUCAAUGCGAACUGGGGAGGGGAGUGUGAGAAAAUGGAUUUUUAAAAUGUUUGCAACAUGUCCCAGGUGUGAGUUCUUCACCUUCCCAAGAUGUGUCCUGCCACGGCACCAAAAAAAUCCAUCAGAGUCAUAACAUGCCAAUCAGCUGGCUGGCAUGAGCCAAAGCCUAAAAUAACAAACAAACCUCAAAGCAGUUUGAAGUCCAGAAGCAGAGAGCUGCUGUGUCCAUGGGUGUGGACAGCCAGGAAGUGAGACACCAUAAUUAUCACUUCAAUUGAUGCUGCUGCACAGCCUUUGUGCUGAUCAGUUCAAUGUGGGGACAUCUGCUUAUUUGAAUUUUCCACUUGGCUUUUGCUCCUUUUUUGGGGGGUGGGGUGGCAGUUGUACAAGGGGAUGUAAAUAGUGACAAGGCUGAGAUUUUUAUGAUGUUUAACUUGGGCACAAUGAUUUUGACCUGAUUCCCCAAACCUCCUUGCUUUUCUACUGUUACACACACACACACACACACACACACACACACACACACACACACACACACACGCUAUUUAUAUAUGCUCCCAUCUGAAUCCUGUGACUCAGGUUUUUGAAUGGUGUUUGUGUAACACAUUGUGUGCUAUGUUUAAAAUGCAGCAGCAGCUUCAGUGGCUCACCUCACCGGCUCUCUCAUUUCAAUCCAUCCGGGGUUGGAUGUGUCUCCUCCAUAUGGUUGGCAAACUAGUAGGUAAAAAAAAAGGCAGUUUCAAAACGACACCGUGUUUCUAAAAAUGCUGCAGGAAACAAAAUAGGGAGAAAAUAAAAUAAAAUUCACAAGGAAGAACAAAAACAAAAUGCAGAUUCCCUAGGGCCCAGCAGUAUAAAACCAUAGCCUUUACAGGGAGGUGUGGGGAGGAUGAUGCUGUCCCUUGGCUGGAGCCCUUGCUACUGCUGAGUAACUUGUUGAGGCUGCAUGGCCUCAGCGGGGUACCAUUCGCAGGGUGGCUAGUUAUGGCCAGCAAGCAGUGAAGUCUGGGUGGCAGGUGCAAAGCUAACUCCAUCACCAUCUUAAAAAACAACAACAACAACAACAACAAAAAAAAAAAACCCAAAAAAAAAGCAACUGUCAUGGAGAAGGUAAGGAAGGGGUCUGUGUGCCUCUCAGGGUGAGUCUCUUUCAUACUUCACCUUCUUCCAAAAGGGCUUGAAGUAGCUUUUGACAGGAGACACCAAUAUCAGAGAUUGUUAAUGUGGAAUCUGGAAAUUCAUACGCCAGGGCUUUUACAUUUUAUACUCUUCCUGGCACAUUGAAUCCUCCACAAAAUCCAAUUGUUUUCUCGGUAUUAAAGAGAGGAAACUUUGAAGACCUGCUUUUGAACCUGAAGUCUGACUUACGAGGACAUGCCCCUUCUGUGCCUUUAGCUUGAGGUCCUGCCAAAGUUCAAUGGCUAGCAUUGACUUUUAUGAGGAAGGAUUUGAAAGCAUAGAGCUUUAGAGGCAUGGCUUUCUUUCAGGGAUGUGAGCAAUUCUUCCCUUAGGCUUUUAACAUGGUAGUUCUUACCUUUCUGAAAGAAACACAUUCAAAACUUUCCCCUGCUGUCAACUGUGACUGGGAAACAAGUCCAGGGAUCUCACGGGAGUUACAACUAAUUCUCAGUCCCCCAGGAGAAGCUCAUUUUCCUGAUGGUAAAAAUAAGGUGGAUGGGCGAUCGAUGGAGUGCAGGUGUGUGCCAGGUGCCUCCGUAAAUGAGAAGAGCUGCUUGCAGAUGUGUACAGCUGGUCAGGGGUGUGGCUUUAAAACCAUGCAGGCUUCUUCCCACGGAAUUUUGCUCAGGCGGCUAACUUUGUCUCUCAUUGUAUGCCCCAUGAAAGGAAGGAGGAAUGCCUCAAACUUCCAGGAGCCUCAAGAAUCCAAAGGAAAUGUUUUUAUUGAGCAAGACAGAACCCAUGUACCAAGCAUAGGUCAGGGUGUUUCAGGCCUGUGCCUGAGCUAGCCUGGAGUAUGGACCCUGUUUCCCUGUGGUAGCCCUAUGUGGCUGUGCUGUGUGACCUGGAUGAUGGUGAGUCACUUAAGGUCACCCUUUGUUAAGGGGAGAGAAGAAAGCCAGGCUCCCUCCUGGCUUGCUGUAAAGAUGGCAUGACUUCAUGUCUCCUGUGCCUGGUAAUGCUGAGUACUCUAUGCAGGAAGUUCUGCCCUGCUAUCUAUGUGCUACCUAAUGCCCCAGCUUCCUGCCAACCAUUCGAUAUAUAUCUCGUUCAGUUCACAAUGACAUUAUGAAGGAGGAACUAUGAAUGUCUUCAUAGUCAUAGUUGAAAGCUUUGGUACAAAACUUAUAGAGGUCAAGGACCUAAGCCAGAGUCACACUUGCCAAGUUGCCAACCAGAGCCUUUUUGCCUCUGGGGUCUUGAUGUUUUUGCAUUCUUAAAAGAGUGAUGCGGUGUAGAAGGGGUGCUGGGAUAUGUGUGUGUGUGUGUGUGUGUGUGUGUGUGUGUGUGUGUGUGUGUGUGAGAGAGAGAGAGAGAGAGAGAGGAUGAGGAUGGACAGGACAGGAGCUGAGCAGCGAGCCUCUCGUGUCUCCUGGCAAGCAACCUGGGGUGCCGGACUGCAAUCAGAGAGUUGGUGAAUUUGUGGUGCUUAACUUUUCUGAGACGCCACUUUCUCGUCUGUCACAGAAGGUGCACACUGCCUCCAUGGGUGUGAUAAGUCAACUGUGUCUGGAGAGCUCACAGCAGAGAGCUUGUCUCUACAAUCUUGUCCCAGGAAAUCUCAUUUUCUGGUCCUCCCCACACUGCCCCUCUCUCCUCCCCACACUGCCCCUCCCUCCUCCCCACAUCGCCCCUCCCUCUGCUGUGCCAAAGGAUUAUGUAGGAGAAAAAAAAAAAACUAGAUGUCUCAUAGUAGCAAUCCUCAGCGAGUCUGUUUUCUUCCUGUUCUCUCUCCUUCCUGGGGGUGGGGGUAGGGGGUGGUGGUGACAGUCCCAGCCAUGCAACAGGGGUAACAGCUCAGCCUCAAGAAAAAUACCCCCCUGCUCCCUAUUUUUAGGCUUGGUAAUUGCACCAAUGUUGAAUAAAAUUGUCAUCGUUAUGACAGUUUUAUUCUCCCACGUAAGAGAUGAAUGCAGCCAGCAAAAUGCUUUGACAACAAUUAAUUGCACUCACACUGUGUUAUCACGCAGAUCUGUUUUAUAGCCCUUUCUUCUGGGGGGGACUUGGGCUGCUCUGUUCCACACUGUGCUCUGGCAUGUGACUCUGUAGAACUGUCCUUCCCCUGGUCCUUAGACCCAAACUGGCCAUCUUCCCCACUGCUUCUGCUCCAAGGUUGAGCCCCAAAGUGAAGCAUGGGAGGUAAGGAGGGAGAGAGGGAUUCCAGACCGCUCUUAUGACAGACAGGACUCUCCCCGGGAGAUGGAGCUAAGCAAGGCAGAGCUUCUUCAGGAAGCUGGUGGGCAUUCCCGGGGAAAGGUAGGGUCCCUGUUUGGGAAGAGGAAUGUUCUUUCCUCACAGAGAACUACAAAUGAUGGGAUGAGAAUAUCCAGCAUGCUCCUCACAGCUCUGUUAGUACAGGAAGACCUCAGUCAGAACUAGGGGCUUGGGUCUCAGUUGCUGCUUAUGAUCCAGAAACAGCCACAACCAAAAGACAACCUCCAGACACUGACCGCUAUGUGGCCAUUCCUGACACCUCCCACACCCUGUGCAGUUCUUCCCCAACAUUCCUGGAUGCCCCAGAGAGGCUUUUCUAUGUCUUGAACUUGGGCCCUUGGCUACCGUGUGGCAACUGUGUUUUCUUCUUUUCCGGGGAGCUGUGUAUCUGAUGUGGCUCAUCAGGGCUUACAGGAACCAACUGUUCUGUUUUAUAGGGAAUUUGCUGGCAGUUGUUAAGGCCAGCCACUGUUAAAACCAAAGUUAUGUCAGCUUAGAUUACUUACGCAGAAGACCAAGAUGUGUAGUUACAAGCCUACUUCCUAACGCACAUUUAGUAUUCUGCGUGCUCUCUGAGUGCUGGCUGUCAUACUUGUGGUAGAAAUGUGGAUGCCAUGUGAUUGUGUGCUCCUCUUGUUCAGCCUUCCCAGCCUCAAGUUCACUGAUGUCAUUAGUACCUGGAAAUUGCCCAUGACGAAAGCGUUGACAUCACAGAACUUGGCAAUGCACAUGUGAGAUGCCCUGCUCUCUCCCUCUUCCCCACCCCCCAUCUGAGUGCGAGUUGAGCACUUACUAAUUAGUGCACCCUAGUCUCAGUUGUGUGACCACAUCAUGGGAGCCAGUAACCAAGAUGAUGAUAGCUGCAUCUUUAAUGCAGCAGUGGAUAUGCAGUGGCUGGUGGGUCUGGGGUCUGGGCCCCUGGUGGCACUGCCUUCAUGACCAGGCCUGUCAUCCACUCUGGCUGGGACACCAGUGAUGCUGCUACUGUUGUCCACUUGAAAUCAUGUGGGGGUUAUCGUCCAGCCUUCCGUGAAUUUGACAGCUUAUAAAGAGAGAGUUAUUUUUGUCUCC